UUCGGCCUUUAUCCUCCUCUCCCCUCUCGACUCCUUUUUGGCUCCGGUCAGUUUGGCGCCAUCAUCCAGCUAUCGGAAAUUUCUCCGUCGUCGAUUUCGCCCCAUCUCUGAGAAAUAAGAAGGCCAGAGAAAAAAAAAGGAGAAACUUGAAGCUACUUCAGAAGAACCCAAGACCCGUAAAAGAGCUAGACAAAAGGUUGAAGUUAUCAUUAACAAAGCCUUCUUUUCUUCUAACAUUGGGAUGAAUCCCCAUCCGAUGGGAAAUCGGAAAAGGCUGUGUUACCUCUUGGACAAACUUGUAAAGAAACAUGAUUGGGGUGAGGCAAGUGGAGUCUUGAGCUUGUUGCUCAGGGGUACUUCCAAUGAUUGUUCUGCCGAUUUGAAUCGCCUCAAGUACUCUGUUUCAAUUAGGCUUCUUAAGAACACAGAUGGGGAUAAUGUUGAUCUAAGAAGGAUCAGGGACAUCUAUGAGAUUUGGAUGAGCAGAAUUAAGACGAAGACUGUCGAAGUAGAGGAGCAAAUCGCACUUCAUUUGUUCAUUUUUUUGUCUUGCACAUGGGAAUCUGGGUUGGGCACAUCAAGCUGCUUUAAGCUUAAUGAAAGAACGUUACUUUAUGACGAGGUUAAGUUGAGAGAUUCAGACCAAGAUUACUCCCCUCAGCUAUCAGCUUAUACUCGUCACGUCGUUACUUCUCGAUAUGAUUCAAAGACAUUCAUGAAUGGUAAAAGAUACAGACCGGUGGCCGAUAGCAACCUACACGGAGACGUUCCUGGUCUAGAGUCAUGGUUGAUGCCCUUAAAGUUGCCGUAUUCUAGUGAGAACUUUGUCUAUGUGCACAGGCAAAUGCUUAAUAAUCAUUAUAAUGAUGCUGUGAAGUAUCUUUGGCUUGCCCUACAAUGUGAACCCCCUUUGUCAGCUGCCUUACUUCCUUUGGUACAGUUACUGCUGAUUGGAGGUCAAGUGAAUGAGGCUCUAAGUGAGUCAUAACACGGCUUUCCGUUUCGAUUGAGGGCUAGUCUUUUAGAGUAUUUUUAUUCUCACGACUCUGUCAUGCUCUCUAAUUGUGUCGAGGAGAUUCUGAAGGAUCCGACAUGCUGCCACUCAUUGGGAAGGCUUGUCAUCAUGCAUCAAAAUGGUUACUAUAGUCUGGAUUCUCUUGUGGAGAUGAUUGCUUUGCGGGUCGAAGCUACAUUUCCGGAGUCCGAUACAUGGAGGGAGUUUGCUUCAUGCUUCCUCAAACUGUAUCAAUACGAAGAGGAUCUACUGUCUAUAUGUCUCAAUGGAGACGAAGGUGAACGAAAAGCAAAUCACUCUGCUUAUUAUACAAGGAUGCCGAUAAUAUUUACCGAGGUAAACGCGAGAAAAGCUUGGAGAUUACACUGCAGGUGGCGGCUAAAACAGAUACUCAAAUCCAAAAUCGUGUUGGGGAUGAUGGAGCUCUCAACUUACAAUGUAGCUUGUGCUGCCCAUUUGUAUGGUGAAGAAUGCCAUUAUGUUGUAAAGGCAUUCACUCUUUUACAAGAUCACCUUGAGAGGGAUCUUUGUGAAUUCUUAAAAUUACAUUUGGAGAAUUCCAUCCGACUAAAUGUGAAAUUACAAGAAAUUGAGGAUCGAAAAAAUUAUGCAAUGUUUAUUUUGCUAAAUGUUCGGUCAGGAUGA